AUCAUGUAAAUAUUCUAUCCAAAAAAAAAACCAAAUUUUUUUUUUAAAAAAAAUAAUAAAAAAAAAAUAAAAAAAUCAUACAUUUUCAAUAAAGAAGGUGACGAUAAUACGUUCAUUCUUCAAUUACAAUUCGCAAUUUCAUGGUUUCAAUCCUCCAUUAAAAUAACUUCGGAAUCUCCAUUGAUUGCUCUCUCUCUUCUUGAACCACCGAUUCUCGCUACUCAAUAAGAUCUCAAUCAACAUGGAUUUCAUGAAGGUUGUCGAUCAAGCUGUUCGCGAAAUAAAACGAGAGGUGAACUUGAAGGUAUUGAAGGUUCCUGAGAUCGAGCAAAAGGUGCUGGAUGCAACUGAUAAUGAGCCUUGGGGUCCUCAUGGAAGUGCACUGGCAGAAAUAGCUGUAGCCACCAAAAAAUUUUCUGAAUGCCAGAUGGUUAUGAAUGUUCUCUGGACAAGAUUGGGAGAAACUGGCAAGGAUUGGCGUUAUGUUUAUAAGGCACUGGCUGUGAUAGAGUAUCUCAUUUCCAAUGGAUCUGAACGAGCUGUUGAUGAGAUCAUAGAACAUACUUUUCAAAUCUCAUCGCUCGCAAGCUUUGAAUAUGUUGAACCAAAUGGAAAGGAUGUGGGUAUCAAUGUCAGAAAGAAGGCAGAAAACAUUGUAGCUCUUCUAAAUAACAAGGAUAAAAUAGAAGCAGCCCGGAAAAAAGCUGCUAGUAACCGUGAGAAGUAUGUUGGACUCUCAUCUACGGGGAUGUCGUACAAGUCAAGUUCAGCUUCUUAUGGUGGUGGCGGUUCCCAGAGCAGCAACAGGUAUGGAGGCUUCGGUGGCAGAUAUGAUGAUGAUGGUUACAAAAGCAGAGAUGAAGACUAUUCUGGGCAAGAUAAAUUUGAGAAAUUUGUUCCCAAGUCUUAUCAAGGAGCUUCUGCUGAAAGGAAAACAGCUCAUUAUAGCAGCAAAAAUCAGGAUCUUCCUUCGGCAGGUUCUGCAAAAGAUGAAUACUCUUCCGUUUCACAACAGAAUGCUAACACUCCUUCAAAUGGUCAGUUAGAUGAAGAUGAUGACGAUUUUGACCCUCGGGGAACUUCUGCUACAAAGCCUGCUCCUGCAAGUACACAACAAGUGGAUCUGUUUGGAGAAAGUUUAAUUGGAGACCUCUUGGAUGCACCUACAAUUACUCCUCCACAAAGCAAUGCUGUAAGUAGCAAGUCAUCCGAUGUUGAUCUGUUUGCAGAUGCUGAUUUUGUUUCAGCUGCCCCUCCAGUGGAAGGAAGAGGGAAUUCUCAAACUCAGGCCAAUAUUGAUCUAUUUGCUGCCCAACCUGCACCAUCCACUGCACAACCAGCACCAUCGGCUGCAGUGUCUUCAACAAUGGACUUCUUUGCAGCAUCUGUUCCACCUACAAAAUCUGAAAACACCGGGCCAUCAAAUGUGAAUUUUGUAGAUCCGUUUGCAACUAUUCCAUUGGACAGUUUUGAUGGAUCUAAUGUUUUUGGAGCUUUUGCUGCUCAAACUGAUCAAUCAUCUGCAGCACCCACAGAAAAUCCCCUUGUGAAUAAUGCUGCGUUGGAUUUGAAUACCAAAUCCGCACCUCCAAAAAAGGACAAUUUCCAGGUUAAAUCUGGAAUUUGGUCUGAUUCUUUGAGCCGUGGACUGAUUGAUCUUAAUAUAUCUGCUCCCAAGAAGGUAAAUCUGUCGGAUAUUGGUAUAGUUGGUGGUUUAAGUGAUGGUUCAGAGGAGAAGCAGAAGGCACCUGCGACAUCAUAUAUGGGUAUGGGUAUGGGUGUGGGUAUGGGUAUGGGUUUGGGUACAGGUAUGGGUAUGAGUAUGGGUAUGGGUAACGGCACAGGUACGGGUUUGGGUACGAGUACUGGAUUUGGUGGAACUGGUGUUAAUCCAACAACCGGCGGGGAUGAUUUUUUCUCAAGCUUCACCAGCAGCAGCCAGUAUCAGUUUGGUGGCUUCCAGAAAUGAUACAAUCCGUUUUAAUUGGAUUCUUUUGGUGACCUCAAUAUUUGUUUGUUUGAUGGGAGGCUUAAUUUUCAAGCAUUUUUUCAGCAUGGUGGUCUAGAUUACUUUUCUAAGAAUGCCAUAUUGUGUUCUAAUAUUUCAUCAAAGCGAGUUAUAGAGCCUAUAAUGCAGAUUAAUGAGGAGCUUUAUUUUGAGUGCAUCCGCUACUCUGUAUGUAAUGUUGUAUGUACUUGAAAAGAGGGAUUUGAUGUCUCGAUUCUGUUCUGUGUUCUUGUAUUUGAAAUUUUGAAUGAAUUGCGUUUAUAUGCUGUAUAAAAGAGCUACGAUUCAUAUGAACCAAAUUAGUAGAGUAUAUGAUUUUUCAGAAAA